AUGAACAAUGUGGCACCGGAGCUUCUAGGUGGAGUUGUAUAUGCAUCUAAUGCAUAUCUAGUAUGGGAAGAUCUGCGAGAAAGGUUCAACAAGGAAUUAUGGCAUGAAUAUGAUGUUUUGGUUCCAUUUUCUAAUUGCUAUGAAAAAUCGAAAGAACAUGCAGAAAAUUUACAUCAACAAAGAGUUAUGCAAUUUCUAUCUGGUUUGAACGAAUCAUAUGACCAAGCUAGAAGACAAAUUCUUAUGAAAACAAAUGUGCCUAGUCUAAAUCAAACUUAUGAUAUGAUUAUUCAAGAUGAGAGUCAACAAAAAAUAGGAGUGAAUGCUGUAACUUCUGAUAAGAUAGAGCCUUUAGCUAUGCAAGCAGGACGAGGAAGAGGUAGGAGACAAUACCUACAAUGUGAUUGUUGUCACCUUAAGGGACAUACUAAGGAAAAUUGUUAUAAGAUUGUUGGUUAUCCUGCUGAUUAUGCUCCUAGAAGGAGAUAUGGUGAAGGAAUAAGGACUCAAGGUGAAUGGCAACAGAACUCAGGCACUGGAAAUCAAAAUAUUUGGAAUGGGACAACUAAUGGUAAAGGUGGAUGGAACAAUCCUAAUGUUGGUAAGCAAGGUGGCAAUGGUGGCAAUGCUGGUAAACCAGGUGGCUGGAGAAGAGAACCUAUGGCUAUGAUUAACAAUGCAGAUGUAAGUACAUCUUUUAUGCAGGAUAUGGGUGAUGGCCCAUCUGGAGUUGCUGAGCACAAGAGAUAUUACUACUUCACAAAUGACCAAUACAAUCAUAUUCUAAAUCUGUUGAACAAGGAGUCACAUCCUGAAUCAAGCAUGGCAAACAUGGCAGGUCCAGGAACAAGUGCAGAAGCAAGUGAGGUUAAAUGUCUGAUGAGCAAUUUUACACAAAAAUCACAGGAGAAGGAAUGGGUUGUAGAUUCAAGUGCUACUCAUCACAUCACCUCUGAUUUAGAGUUAUUAUCAGAUGUUAAAUGUACAAAGAAAACUAAUAAGUAUAGAGAUCUUUGGAAUGGCAAGGUGAUGGGGAUUGGUAAAGAAAGAGGAGGCUUGUAUGUACUCAGAGGAUUGACUAACAGAAUAAAUGCACUCAAUGCUGUGAUCAAGACAAGCAGAGAUUCAAGUGAAGUUUGGCAUAACAGGCUAGGUCACCCAUCUGCAUCAGUAAUGCGACAUGUAGUAGGCUUAAAUAAUAAAAACAGUGAAGUGUCACAUGAAAAUUGUUUGAUAUGUCCACUAGCAAAGCAGACUAGAUUGAAGUUUCCAUUAAGCAAGUCCAGAACGGAGAUAUCAUUUCAUCUUCUACACAUGGACCUAUGGGGACCCUGUAAGAUUGCUACAUUAGAUAAGAAACAUUAUUUCCUAACAAUUGUGGAUGAUUACUCUAGAUAUACAUGGGUGUUCUUUUUGCAGCUAAAAUCUGAAGCAAUAGUGGCAAUAAAGUCUUGGUAUAAUUUACCAAAGCAGCUUCCCUUACACUUCACAGCAAAAUGGCAUAGUGCAGAGAAGGCACAAGCUACCAUCAAGUGUUCUAGGGGGCAAAACUCCAUAGAGUUGUUGUACCACAAGAAUGCUAAUAUUGCACAUUUGAGAACUAUAUGUUGCUUGUGUUAUGCAACAAAUUUAGUCAAAACAAAUAAGUUUGCAGAGAGGGCCAAGGCAGCCAUUCUCAUGGGAUACUCUGAGAUACAGAAGGGUUACAUUCUGCUUGAUUUAGCCACAAAGCAGUUUUUUACAAGUAGAAACGUCAUAUUCAAGGAAUCAGGGUUUCUAUUUUCUAAGAAGGAUGAGAGCAGAUCAUAUGAUUCACAGGAGCACAUGGAGAAAGGAAUACUGCAAUUCUCACCUUUACACACACAGCCAGGUGACAACACAUUUGAUGGAAGUGAAACUUCUCAGAAUAUUCACAAUAUGGAUAUUGUUCAUGCAUGUACACAAAGUGAUGAACAUCAAGGAGGUGCAGAGAUCUCAGUCAACAGGCAGGAAGAUGAUGGUGAUGAGGGGAUUUCAAGACCGGGCAGAAGUACAAGCUACUUGGCUAGGUUCUCUCAGCUAAUAGAACCACAGACAUUUAAAGAAGCAGUGAAAGACAGCAGGUGGAUAGAGGCUAUGAAACAAAAAGUAAAUGCAUUAGAAGAUAACAAAACAUGGGAAAUAGUGAACUUACCAGAAGGUAAGAACACUGUUGGAUCCAAAUGGGUGUACAAGAUCAAGUUCAAGGGAGACCUAAAUGAAGAAGUGUAUAUGGAGCUUCCUGAGGGGUUCAGAAGACAAGGGGAGCAGAAGUGGAAUAUCAAGCUGACUGAAGCAUUACUUAGAGCAGGGUUCAAACAAAUUCAUCAUGACUACUCACUCUUUACAUUGAGAAGUCAAGAAGGGAUAGUAAUUAUUUUAGUGUAUGUGGAUGAUCUCCUCAUUACAGGAAGUAGCUCAACACUAGUGAAGAAAGCCAAAGAUAUACUGCAUCAGAAUUUUAAGAAUGUUGGUGCUUAUCAGAGGUUAGUAGGAAGGCUUUUAUAUGUUACAAUUACCAGGCCAGACAUCAAUUAUGUAGUGCAGGCAUUGAGUCAGUUUAUGCAAGCACCCAAAAGGUCUCACUGGGAUGCUGCUUUAAGAGUUGUAAGAUACUUGAAAAUUGCUCCUGGACAAGGGAUGUUGAUGAAGUCUGACUAUGUAGAGACUCUUGCCUAUUGGUAUGACUCUGACUGGGCUGUAUGUCUGAAUACUAGAAGGUCAGUUACUGGAUAUGUCAUCAAAUUUGGAGAUUCAAUGAUCUCUUUGAAGUCAAAGAAACAACAAACUGUCUCUAGGAGUUCAGCUGAGGCAGAAUACAUGAGUAUCGCAGCCAGCAUUGCUGAGGUAACAUGGUUACUUGGGCUAUUCAAGGAGUUAGGUGUAAACAUAAUUCAACCAGUCACAAUUCUUAGUGAUAGUAAGUCAGCAAUCCAACUUGUGGCAAAUCCUGUGCUUCAUGAAAGAACCAAGCACAUAGAGAUUGAUUGCCUUUUAUUCGAGACAUGA